GUCGAUGAAAUCCGACACGAUGCACCGACCGAAUUGCAGCACGAGACGGAUGGAUCCCACGUGCGGGCGAGAUCGAGGCCCAAAUGUAUCCGUGGAUUGCGUUUGAUGGAAUUCCCAUAGAAGAUUCAGAAAUCUAGGCGUUUGGCAGGGGAAUGACUAUUUGUGGUCUGCUGUUUCCAGUUGACCGAUAAAGCCGCGUGAUACGAUCCUAAUUCCUCUUUCCUCCACCAAAUCCUGCAAUUGAAUUCUUGAUCAUCGAAAGCCCCCAGUUGUUAAUGAUGCCUUCAGCGUAAAAGCCUGCUUUGGACGAACAUUUCCUGUACUUAAAAAGCUCCCCUUCUCCUCGUUUUUCUGUUCUCUUUUAGCCUUCUCCUUCGCCGGGGGCGCAACGGUCGGAAACCGGAGGAAAGCGAUAGAGCGAAGCAAAGAAAAUAUAGAAAAAUCAGCUUUUGAUCUGGUGAGAGCAAAUGAGAAGCAGGAAUAGGAAGGAGAAGCCAACCCUAAGCUUGAGAUUUGGUUCUCGACGGCAGAAGAAGGGGAGUCGAGGGAAGAGAUCGAGCAUAAAAGUAUGGAGCCGCUGGUAGGAGUGGUGGCAUUUCUUGUCCGGUUCCUUUUUUCUUGAAAGGAUUCGUGGAAAGAGGGGAAGGGGAAAAGGGGAAAGAUGGUGGUGGAUGACUGCUGCUUUUUCAACAAGGAUUCACUGGUCACAAAGCCUUCAAAGAAAUAUCCACUUGUGCUGUGGAUGGCAAUAUUGGGGUUGAUCAUGAUUAGUGGCGUCUAUAUAUUCUCCCUAUGUCUGAAACUAAGAGUGUUUGUAGUAACCCCAAAUCAGUGGAAGGGGAAAGCGACAAAGCAAACCUGUCAUGAUCUUCGCAUCCCACAGUCUGAGCUUCGUUAUAUGCAUUAUCCAGAACCGACUACUUAUAGUAGGAAAGAAUGCACUUGCACACCAGUUCGGUUCUUUGCUAUUCUAUCGAUGCAGAGGUCUGGGAGUGGAUGGUUUGAAACAUUGUUAAACAGUCAUGUUAAUGUCAGCUCUAACGGCGAAAUUUUCUCUGUAAAAGAAAGGAGGGUUAACAUUUCAUCCAUCACGGAGACACUGGACAAAGUCUACAACUUGGAUUGGUAUAGUAGUGCUUCUAAAAAUGAAUGCACUGCAGCUGUUGGCCUCAAGUGGAUGCUUAAUCAGGGUCUCAUGCAGCACCACAAAGAGAUAAUCAAAUACUUCAACAAGAGGGGAGUUUCUGCAAUACUUCUGUUCAGAAGAAAUCUACUUCGUCGUUUAGUUUCAGUACUCGCAAAUUCUCAUGAUCGGAAUGCCAAGCAACUAAAUGGGACCCAUAAAGCUCAUGUACAUUCCAAGAACGAGGCUGAUGUGCUCGCAAGAUAUAAGCCUACGAUCAACACAACUUUGUUGAUCCCGGAACUGAAGCUUACAGAUAAAUGGGGUGCUGAUGCUCUGGAACACUUCAAGAGCACCCGCCAUAUUCGGCUCUACUACGAGGAUCUUGUCCAUAACAGCACUAAGCUGAUGGAUGUCCUAGACUUUCUAAGAUUGCCUCAACAAAUGCUUUCCAGCCGUCACGUAAAGAUCCACAGUAAGUCAUUGUCUGAUCAGAUUGAGAACUGGGAUGCUGUCUACACUGCUCUGAAGGGAACAGAGUACGAGAGCUUCCUGAAUGCCGAUUAUCAAAUUUAGCAAGGUAUUAUGAGCAGCUCUGUUGUUGUAAAUAACUUUUUUUUUUCUUUUCUUCUUAUACAAGCAGCUUUGACACCGGCACAGGUGUGGUUAGGCAAAUUUUUGUCCUUCCAUUCUAACAGAUUUCUUUCAAAGGUUUCUUGAGCUGUGAGGUCUACUAAUCUGUAAAUCAUUCCAAUUCACAUUCAAAGUUAAUGAAGAUUGGUAUCAGAUUUAGGUGCA